AUGAUAUCGCUACUGAUAACGACAGUGAUGACGGAUAAGAUCAGUGAUCCUGAUCAGGUUGAUGCUAAUGAUCAAAAGCGAACUUCAGGCAAAAAUCACCAUCAGCACGCAAAAACUGGUCAUCUGAGAAUGUCGUCGCAUCCCGGCAGAAUGCUACGCUCAUUAUCGCAAACCAAAAUAGCGAAGGCUUUGGCUGGGGUGGAACUGGAACAGACCGAGGUCGUGCAUAUGGACGAGGGCGCCACGGCGCGAGCCGAGGGCCGUUUCGUGUUCGAAUGCUCCUGGGAGGUUGCCAACAAGGUAUUCACACUAUCUCGCUCGGUCUCUUCAUCUGUCCCUCUCGCUGUCCCAUGCUGCCUCAAUUUUCUCUCAUUCUCUGUUUCCAUGGAUUUCUGA